GCCUUCACCUUGGGAGGGCGAUAAGGUUUUAAAUAUGUGUUUAUUUGCCGUGUUCAGACGAAGGACAAGUCGAUACCCGUGAGUGAAGAACAUCUGGCGCAGAAUAUGGCUGAUGUUGAAGAGGACGCCGAAAAAAAGCUCAAUGCAUUCCGCGAACUUUUUCGAGGACGUUUCACUGAAAACGAAGCUAGAUAUCUUGUCGAGAAAUUUGAUUUCGAUAUUAGAGAGGCGGCUUGUUAUGUAUUGGAAAAAAAGCCUGAUGAUUUGAGACGGGAAAUACAAGAAGAGGCCAAAAGCUGGAUCGAAGUUAUUCCUCGGACAAGUGAGGCCAAAAGAGGACGCCUCUCUGUAGAGAUCAGACAAUUCGGGUGCCAAGCCUGUGACCACUCCUGGUGGAGACGAGUCCCUGCAAGAAAGCUAGUUUCAAAGUGUUAUGGCUGUAAAGUAAAAUUCGAUGCUAUACCAAGAGAUAAAGAGUGGGGCUAUGCGGAAUUUCAUUGCAAUAAGUGUGGAAAUGAUUUUAGAGGGUGGGCCCAGAUGGGCACUACCAGCCCGUGCUACCGCUGCGGUGCCAUGGUAACGCCCACGUGUAUUUUACCGCCGCUUCGCUACAGCCCCGGCGGAGGACCUGGACGGAGAGGAGGAAACAGACACAGCUGCUCUUGUUGUAUGAACGGUCGUCCGUGCUGUCACCCUCAGGUCAGACGAAGGUUUGGUCUGCCACGUGUUGUCUACAGCAGUAACGUUCACGUCAGUUCCGGUUCUACCGUCGCCACGUUCUUGCCACAGGACGAUCUGAUGAAUGACAACGAUUUCAUCGCAUACGACCGCCUUUCUCCCAUACCAAGUGAUGACGGAAGUGAUGACGAAAGUGGCGGAGGGGCGGUGCUCUAUGACCGUUGCAAAGUCAGUCGCGGCCGUGAUGGAACCCAAGGGGAUGAUGGGAAUGGGUGA